AUGCGCUGCUCGUGCUCUCUCCUCCUCCUCCUCGGAAGCGCCCUCCGCGCGUCGUCCUUCAGCGUACCGUGUCAUGCGGCGGCGUCAGGCCGUCCCGCCGCGGCUACGAGCCGCGGCACGGUCAGCUUGGCCGACGUCGGCGCCGCGUCGACAGCCUUCUACACUGACGAGGUGCGAAAGGAGUCGUACCCAAGCAUGGCGGACGUGCUCGACGCAAAGGUGGCGGACCCUGACCUGCGCCGGCUGAUGCUGACGCUCUUCGGCGCGUUUGCCACUGUCUCGGCAGCGCUCCGCGCCGAGUUGGUCGUCAAGGCGGAGGAGCAGAAGUCUGUGUUUGGCGACGUGCAGCUCGGCGUGGACGUGCUGGCCGACCAGCUGCUGUGGGACGUGUGCCGGAGCGAGCCGCUCAUCAAGACGGGCUCCUCGGAGGAGGCGCCCGACGUGCGCGAGAUGCACGCGGGCGGACGCUUCUGCCUCUGCUGGGACCCGCUCGACGGCUCCGCCAUCGUCGACAACAACUGGGCCGUCGGGACGAUCAUCGGCAUCUGGCCGGCGGCGACCGGCGUCAUCGGCGCGACCGGCCGCGACCAGGAUGACUGCGAGGAUGCCGAGUGCCAUGUCUAUGACUCGCACGUCCUCCGGCUCGACUCCUUCGAGGAGGAUCGGUAA